GUGGGGACGGUUGCAACAUGUGGCAGUUGCAACACUGAGGAUUCCUCCAAUCAGAAACGAGCUACAGUGAUGACACUCAUUUUGCACAUGCUCAGUGAGACCCUCUUUCUUCCUGCAACUUUUCAGCAAGAUUGGAGCAUCUGUUCUGGAAGAACCAGAAAUCAAGGUACAAAAGUAAUUUUUUUAACUUUUACAACUUUUCUUAUAGUUUCUAAAUGUUUUGUACAACAUAUUUUAAAGUUGUAUCAUUUAAAUCUGCAGAAUCUUAGCUUUAAAUUGCAGUUUCUACCAUGUGUCUGAGGUAAUCUGUUGAGUUUGCAUGUCUAGCAUAAAAAUGUCUGACUAUGUGGGGACAGUUGCAACGCUUUGUUGCAACUGUCCCCCAUGUGUUGCAACUGCCCCACAUGACAUUAAUUAAUGAAUAAUAUGAUAUAAAAAUGUUUCAAAAUAUGUAAAUAUAUAAAUAAAUUAUAUAAAUUAAAUAAAUAUAUAUUAAAUAUAUAUUAUAUAUUAGGCCUACAUAAAUAAAUAUAUAGCCUAUCGUGUGUUUAUGUAUAUACAUGUUCUGUAUAUGUAUACAGUAUAUAUAUAUACACAUAUAUAUAGGCCUGUGUGUGUGUGUGAGUGAGUGAGUGAGUGAGAGAGAGAGAAUUAAUAUAUACAUAUGUUUCAAUAUAUUUCAUUAUGUUGCUUUUUUCAGUAUGCCACGAAACAGAGAGCGAAAGACAGAUAGGGGUGUCCCUGUACAAGUGCUCCGUUUGGCGGCAGAGGUGAUCAGGAGUGAGGGCAGGUCAGCGAGGUCUGUGGCGAAGGAGUUUGAAAUCUGUCACACAACACUGUACCGAUUCUGCAAGAAAUUAGAGAGGGCAGGUCCAGGUGAAGAGAUCAGGACAGGAUACUGGACGCCAAGGAGGGUUUUUACAGCUGAACAGGAAGCUAUUUUGUCGAAUUACCUUAAGACAGCUGCAGAUAUGUUUUAUGGGCUGUGCACUAAAGAGGUUCGUCGUCUGGCUUAUCUGCUGGCUGUCAGGUAUGGAUGCCAAUACCCAGGGACAUGGGAUGAGCCAGGCCUGGCUGGCCGCGAUUGGUUGAUGGGCUUCCUACACCGCCAGCCAACCUUGUCAAUAAGGCGCCCCCAAGCCACCAGUCUUGCCCGUAAUAUACACUUCAAUAGGCACAAUGUGUCCUUGUUCUUCAAUAAUUUAGAUGAAGUCCUCCGAAAGAACAACUUCCAGGGAGAGGACAUAUGGAACAUGGAUGAGACUGGCAUUACCACUGUUCAGAGGCCAGAUCAGGUUGUCGCCAGUCAGUCCUCCUCCUCAGUGUCCCCUCCAGUGCAAGGUGGUCUCCCCUCAAAUUCUGGCCAGUACUUCGAUGUACACAUGUUUUCACCUGAGCUCAUCCGACCCCAUCCCAAAGCGACCCAACGCAAGGCAAAGGAAAACGGCAGGAGAAAACGAAAGUCAACAAUUCUGACAGAUACCCCUGAAAAGAAGGCGUUGGAGGAAGAAAACAAAACAAAGAAAGGAAAGAGAAGGCUGAGCCAGAGCACACUGCAGCCGCAGCCAAUUGGAAAUACUGAGGAAAUGAGAGGAAAGAAAAAGCAAAAGCAAAAGAGGAAAAACAUUGAAAGAGAUAGCCAUUCAGAGGAGGCCUUUUGCAUUGUUUGCUUGGAGAGCUACUCAAAGCCCAAGGAGGUGUGGCUACAAUGUCUAAUGUGUCAGAAGUGGGCUCAUGAAGCCUGCACUGAUGGCAGCUCAGUGUACGUUUGCCACAAUUGUGAGACCGAAAGUGAUUAAUUUUCUGAUGGUGUCUGAUGUUUUCCAAUGUCUAGUGUUAUGUUAUAUUGUUAUGUUAUGUUAUGUUGUUAUGCUAUGUUCAGUUAAUUCAAGACAAAAAAGUUCAUCCAGGCACUCUAUUUCUAUUUCUAUUAUCAAUUUGUUAACAACUAAAAUGUAAUUGACAGAAAAAAAAGUCUGUGAUUUUGUAUGGUUCUUAUGAUAGGCUAUAUUAUUGUUAUUAUACUAUUGCUUAUAUUAUUAUUAUUAUUAUAAUAAUGAUAAUUAUUAUUAUUAUUAUUAUACUAUUGCCUUUUCUUUUUGUUACUAAGAUAAUGAAAUAAAAAAGGAUAAAUGAU